GAUUUGGUCACAUGACACCGCCAGUGCAGUGUAGUCGUUCGUUGCAGUCUAUAAACAAAAAUAUCCGUGGUUCACAGUCAGAUGCGAACGGGGUCAACGUUUGAGGUGAUAUUUUGAGUUUUAGUCUGAGCUUGACCAAAAUGCCGACAGACGAAGAAUUAAAGGCUAUCGGAUUGAAAACUGCGGACACUCUAAAAGAGUAUCUUACAGAAAAAGAAGGAUGGCAUACGGCUAAAAAGACGAAAGAUGUCCUUAUUGAAUACAGACAUUCCAAAUGUGAAGGGUUUGAGCAUGGCUACCUGUACAGAGGUCAAGCAGAAUACCAUUGCUCAAAAGAUAUAAUAUUUAGAUAUAUUGACCCAUUGCACGAUGAUUGCAUGAGAACAAAGUGGGAUAAGGAUAUUACUGGUAUCAAAAUACUCAAACAGAUUACACCAGAUUUACGCAUAUGUCGGUCAACAACAAACAGUGCAGCAAUGGGGCUUAUAUCCCCAAGAGAUUUUAUUGAUGUUAUUCUGACUAUAAUCACUGAUGACUGUAUAUCAACAAAUGGUACUAGUAUUGAGUACAGUGAUUGUCCACCAGUUCAUGAAUAUGUAAGAGGAUGGAAUCACCCGUGUGGAAUGAUGUGCAUGUCUGUUCCAGACAAAGUUGACUACACCAAACUAGUAACUUUUAUUCAGCCUGAUAUAAAGGGCAUGAUACCUAGGACUCUAGUAGAUUCAGCCUUGCCUGCCUCCAUGUCCGGUUUCUUCAGCAACUUGAGAAGUAUCCUGAAGAAAGAUGGCCAUAUAAAAAAAUAAAUACCAGCAAUGUUAGUUCAUGUGAUUCAGCUAUGACCUUCCUUGUUCAAACUGUUUAUUCAGGCAUUUAUUGUUCAUAGGUGAAAGUUGUUGUAAAGAGACAUUUUGAUUUGUAGUUUUUAAUUUCAAUGCUUUUGUAAAUUUAUUAUAAUAUCUAUUUAAUGUAAAAUGGUUUAAAACGUAUAUAUACAUUUGUUUAAUAAUGAUUUUUCUAAAUAUAUUCAAAUGUAUAAAGUGAUUUUUUAAUUGUAGAUUUUAAUAAACUGUUGGGAUUUAUCCUUAAACAUUCCAUAUGUCUUCAACAAAAGUUGUGAUAACAAUUUGUACUGUAAAUUUUACAAAUGUCAAAAUAUUAUACAUGAGCAGCAAGAAGACACACUGUUUAAAUCUAAAAUAUCAUUGUAUUAUUUGUUUCCUUUUUCCUCCUUCAAUCUUCUUGGUUUAUUCUGUGUUAGAUAUUUCUUUGGUUGUUCUCCUUAUUUAACUUGAGUUACAAAUCAAUUUUUAUGUAGGAUUAUCUUUAUACAGCUGACAAUAAGAAUGUGUUAUUAAGUUUCCUACCAUGUAUAAGUAUGCAUUCUCACAAGAGUCAAGCAUUGAGUCAUUUUUACAUACAAUAAACAAUCUGCAGGGAGCUAAAGUACUUAAGAGGGAGGUUCACUAACAAUGGUGUGACAAAUUUGUAUGUAGUUAACUAAUGUUUAUGCAGGCUUAAAAAAUUCAUUAACAAUACAUUAGUAUUAAAAGUAUUUUAAAACAUAAUAAAACUAUUAUUUAUGAGAGUGUGUUAAUUAAAAAAUGGGUGUAACUUAUAUUUUCUAUCUAAAGUAAAUAAACCACUGCAAAAGUGAGAUAAAUUUGUGAUAUUAUACCAACUUUGAACAGUUUUAUAUUGUUAUAUUUUUUAAUAAGCUUUUACUUUUAUGACAUGCUUAAGUCCGUUCACAAUUUAUUGUCUCUGUUGUCAUAUUGUAAUUUUAUACAUUAUUUUACACUGCAUUAAUUAAAAAAAUUGAUUAAUUUCAGACAGCACUUAUACAUUGUACUUACAAUUGCUCUUUUCUUGUUGAAAUUAGUUUUGAUAAGCAUUGACAAUUUUUAUUUUCUUUAUUUGUAUGGAGAUAGCUUUUAUAAAGUUUAUGAAAUCACAAGUAUUGAAAACCAAAUUGUGUACAGUAAAAUAUAUUUAAGCCCCAAUAUCAAGUAGGCCUUUUGAUUGUCUGUUGCCUUGUUUUGCUAUUUGUUUUUAAAUCUAAAUUUUAAAUACUUUUUGUCUCUUAUAAUUGCCAUUAGAUAUUCCAUCUCCAAUAACAGAUACUAAUAAUUUUGUCCAUAUAAAAACUUCUCAAACUGUAAUAAAAUAAUUUCAAUGUAAUUGAUGUUAGAACAAAUACAUUUAAAACACAUAUCUAAUUUUGGUGUUGUAUUAGUAACUAGAUUUAGAUUUUUAAAAAUUAAACAGAUCAACUAAG